GAAAUAUAAUACGGCAAUAGUAACACUGCGCUAGCCGCUGAUUGAUAGUCGGCAAUCCAAGUUCAAUUGAAUCAUACCUGAAGUCUGAAAUUAAACAAAUACUUUGAAGUGUGUGCAUUUAGAAAAACUUGUUGUUCUGAUGUGCUGUGGUUGUGUUUUGCUCCUAUUCUAACGGUUAUGCGAUAAAAUCCUGAACAGCAUGGUUUUUGGUGUAUAUUUACGGUUUUACUACGUACCUACGUAAGGUUAUUGGAUUGUAAUGAUACCAACAAGUACAUAGUUAGCGUGCAGCAGUAUCGGUCACGGGAAAAUGACAUCUUCAGGCGGAGCAAGUACGCAUCUCGGGAUGCAUUCGGCGAUGGCGAGCCAAAUAGGCCUCGGGGCCCCUCCGAAUGAGUUCGGUUUAUCGGUGGGUGUGCCAGCCCCGACUAUGGGUUAUGAUAUCCAAGCCACUCACAGCGGUGAUUCCUCUUCUGAUUCACAUUCUCCAGGUAUGCCCACUGCUAAAGCUAGCGACCGAGAAUCCCGUAUCAUUGCAGAAAAACAACGGCGGAGCCAAUACAACUCUCAAAUUGGUUUAAUUAUGUCUUUGUUGUCCGAUAUAGUGCACUCGCAACGCAAAGUUGAUAAGACGAGUGUGUUGAGACUUGCCGCUAAUAAACUCCGCAAUGAGCAUGUGUUUGGUGAUACAAUUAAAUGUGGACACAUAGAAACUUGGUCCUCUUCAUUCUUAAAGUUUUUCGAUCUGUUUGGCGGGAUUAUGUUUGGUGUCACGUGUCGCGGACGUUUGUUUAUCGUAUCGCCGAACGUGCAAGAGAAGCUGGGUUAUUGUCACAUAGAUCUACUUGGCCAAGACAUGUACCACUAUGUUCACCCAGAUGACAAGGAAACCCUCCGCCACCAUAUUUACCCUCAAGAGCUACAGACUAGCUGUGACAGCAGGCUCUUUGAACAUCAUCAUAAUUUCCAUAUCCGCAUGAUGAGGGCCGGUGCCCGCUCAGACCCGGCUAGAUAUGAGAGGUGCCGCAUAGAUGGCAUUCUAAGGCGUUCUGAUAAAGCCACAUCAAAUGGUGUUCAGGAUGAGCAAAUUAUAAGAAGGCAAAGAGUAAGAACUAAUAGAACAUUUUCAUCCAGUGGGAAUGAUGUUGUUUUUAUUGGUAUGAUUCAUGUUCUAUCCAGUGCAAUGCCACCUCGAAUUCUACCCCCUACAGCCUAUUCAGAAUACUGGACGAGACAUUUGAUUGAUGGUCGUAUUGUUCAGUGUGACCAGAGUAUAUCAUUAGCAAUUGGCUACAUGACAGAAGAAGUUACUGGAACAUCUGCUUUCGUCUUCAUGCACAAAGAUGAUGUCCGCUGGGUAAUUUGUGUAUUACGACAAAUGUAUGAUGAGAGCCGGGAGUUUGGUGAGUCUUAUUACAGACUGAUGACACGAUCUGGCCACUUCAUAUAUAUGAGAACACGAGGGUUCCUUGAAAUUGAUAGAGCAACAAAAAAAGUUCAAAGUUUUGUAUGUGUCAAUAGUGUUAUUGGUGAAGAUUAUGGAUGUCGAAUGAUGGACGAAAUGAAAAGAAAAUAUUCAGUAAUUAUUGAUGUAGAUAAACAACAAACUGAACCGCCUCCCAUUGAUGAUGCUCCCGUGGAACAUCCUAAACGCUUAGAGCGUAUUGUAAUGCACCUGGUGGAACCAUCGGUGAAUGAGAACAUUGAUGAGCUGCAACUUGUUCCACCUUCAAAAGAAAAUAUAAUUUCUGCAAUUCAAAAUAGUGAAAAAGUUGUUCAAGAAACUGGAGUGAGAUUUGAUUCAAGGAAGAGGCGAAAGGUGGACUGUGAUGACAAUAGUGAAUAUUUAAAAAGACAUAGUGGGUUGCAAGAUGUUAAUGUUGAUCUGUAACUUUUGAAUAAGCUUUGUGAUGUCUGUUCCUAAGAUUGUUAGUUAAGUUUCCAAAAUGGUUAAUAUUACGUAAGUAGUUGGUAUAUUUGACCAAAUGUUUCAGAAUUAAACAUUUAUAAUGUAGUUCUAAUUGUAAGCAAACAAAACUGGACUGUGUGUAUAGAGUCCCACUGUGUGGGCAGACUUCAUUGACAAAAGGAUAUUCAGAAUUCCUGAAUGACUGUGCCUCCCUUAUCAAACCCCUUUACUGAACCAAGAAAACUUUAGGACUGAGUGUAGUAGCUAUGCUUUAUCAUUUGCCUAAAUCCUGUAUUGAUAAGUACAUUAAUAUUUCAUGUAAUUGACUGGAGAUGAUGCUUGUGAAGUAGAUAAUCUCAUCUGUUUUUUUAUUUGUAUACAUACCUGCAUAUAAAUCGUAAAUUGAAUGCAUUCAUUUUUUACUGGUUAUUCAGGUUUUUCCUGUAGGUACUUAAUAAGAAAUGUAAUUGAUUUUCUCAAAAAGAUGUCAAGGUAUGGGAUUAUUUUAAUAUAAAUUGAUUUUUUAAUAUAAAUUGAUUUUUUAAUAAGUAAAUGGCUUUAUAAUUUCAACACAGUUCUUAAUAAUUCAGAUUCAGACUUAUUUGUUAGACAAGAGCUGCUCAAAAGAGGUUUCAUUUGCAAAAUGUUGCAUGAACCAAUGUCUGGCUGUAAUGAUUUCAGCUUAAAUGAAAUUCAAAUUAGAAUUUUCAACUCAUUAACUUCUAAAAUAUAAAGAUGCUUCAUAUCAUAUUUAACAGCCGAAAUUAACCAGAACCAUGUACGACAUUGUCAAUACGAAAAAAUCACGGAGGGACCAUGUCGGGAUAAAGCUCAAUUAGUUAUUGUUUAGGAAUUAUUAUAAGAAAAGCACUGAUCACGGUUAAAAUGUCUGCAGCACUACAAACGUAUUUUACGUACUUCGCGUAUUUUUCUCAUUCUGCAAAACUAAACGGAUUGUUACAAUUGUCGUUACAAUAGCUCGAUAUCAGAAAAUUCAAUAACAAUACUCUCCCGUUGUAUUGAUAAACUUUCAUUUCUACGUUUAUAAUGGGUCAAAAUAGGUCUCAUUUCAAAGUUUCGCGAAGAAAUUGCUUUUAAUUUUUCUAAAUAAAUAUACAUAUAAAAUUGCACGUGACUGUAAGUUAUAUUUUUCUCUCUGACACUCACGGGAGUUCGUGCUUAUUACUUUAGAAUACACCGUCCUUGAAAUUUAUUCAAAAAUUAGUGUGAAUCCGGAAAAGAGUAGGUCCUAUCUAUAGAAAUGCUAGACAUAACAAACUUUGAGUUGUUAUUUUUAUAUUCAAUCGUGGUUAUGCCCCUGCUUUCACAAGUACAUAUAUCUAAUCAAUUAAACAUUGAUAGUAGAGUAGGUUACAUAUAAAUAGUAUUUUUCCUUGUCUAGGGAAUGUUUUACUUGUUUACAUCGGCUUACCACGGUUAUGUUGUAGAUUGAUAUUGCGUGUAACUGUGCACUGAGCGACGAUCGUGUAACUACUGCAGUACGAUCAAUAAGGGUAAUUGAUGAUUUGCAGCACACCAGAAAAAAACAAAAAGCUGUCAUUUAAAAAGUAAAAAAUAAUUCUUCAGUAUUCACCUACAAGAUAUUGUUAAUCUUAGCAGUACCGCGACAUAAAGGGCCCUCUAUCAUUUUAGGCUUUAAAUGUUAGGAGUUCCCUAUCGCUGUGUUAACAAAUGGCUAAUAACUUUAAAACAGCUGAGCCAAUUUUAAUGACAAAUACCGCUUUAAACCGCUGAAACUGCAACUUUUAUCUAAAAAACUACAUCCAAAUCAGUUCAUCCCUUUAAGAGCUACUGUACCUUCCACAGGCAAACAGACACAAUGGUCAAACUUUAACACCCCUAUAUUUUGCGUUGGGGACUAUAAUUACACUUAAACGAGAUUGAUACGCACGUAAUAUAUGAAAAUUAUUAAUUACCUGCACUUGUGCCAACAGCCGUGCAGUGUUCCGUGAGAAUCCACUUGGAGUCCGAUCGAUGACUAAUAUCGCUGGUCAAGCACAACUUUGAACGUCCUCGUCGACUACAGUUUCAUGGAAAAGCCGCUCUGCAAAACACAUUGCCACAAGUAUAACACUACCAUAUAUUUUUAUAAGACUAAGAACAAUCCACAUCAAAUCAGCAGCGAUGAAUAUAUUCCAUAAAUGCAAUUGCUGUUUACUUGCACAUUUCAUUGCUAAACUUGAAGUUCAUUUCAUGAUAAUUUCUGUAAAUUGCUAAUCCUUUGCUGUGCGAUAGGAAACCACAUUUGCUUGCUACUUAUUUAAAAGGAGUGUAAGCUUUUGCGAAAAUAAAGCAAAUUUUAAUGAGCCUCGGCCUUGUUAUAAUAUGUUGUUUUAGUAAGACGGUGCAAUAAGUUUUUAUUUAUUACUUUUAUUUACUUGUGCCAAAGCCACGAAUAUUAACUACUUUGUAAUAAAGUAGGUAGUAAUACCGAUUUAUUAAUAAAAAAAUGUAAGAACAGUAUGCUGUUUGUAUGGAUAAACAUUUUUUGGCUUCCACAUUUUUGUAUGUGGUGUUGCCUGGUUAAAAAUGCUUAAUACAAUAGUCAAUUAAAAUGCCUACAAAAGAACUUGAGCGCUUUAAAAUUAGCCGAUUUUUAGCUCGGUUUUUCUUCAUGGACUAGCUUAAAAUCUGACAACUACCAAUUCAGGCGAUAAUCGCCUGAUUCCAUUUAACGAAAAAGUUUAAUUGCCGAAUAAUAUCAGAUAUUGUAUUUUGUAUCGACACGAGAAAGUUUGAAGUGGCACCGAUCAGUUUUUGUGAAUAAGGGAAAUAAUUUUCGAGGCACUGACAGCUUUUAUUCUAUUGAAAAAAAAAAUAACGAAAAAGGAUUUUAAGAAAUUACCUAUUAAUAUCGGAUUGGCAUAUUGUUAUUGUUACGAUAAUUCCAUCAAAGCACAUUACAAUUUUUUUUAAGGCACCUAAACAUUAUAACAUCUUCAAUAUGAAAUUUGAUGAAUGAAGAUGAUCAAUUAAUUUGUGAUCUAAUAUUUUCGAUAAAAAUAUCAGCCGACAAUAUUACAAAUAAGACUUAAAGGAAACGAAUUACUUACAGCCAAUUUAACAAUAGGUACCUAACGUAAAAAUAAAUAAAACCGUGACUGACUUGUUUAGGAGAUGGAAUAGAAUUGCAUCGAGAGUCGAUUGAUGGAAAAAACGGCUUUUCCCAUCUAUUUUAGUGCAAGAUUAUUUUAUUACCAAGUUUUUAGGAUUAAUGAAUGACUACACCAAUGAUGGUCUGGUGAAUCGUAUCAAAUAUUCAAUUUCUUGUGCAGAAAUAGGUAAAUAUCAAGUUUUGAUUUUACCUAUUAAAAUAUCAAGUUUUGUAAAAAACGUGACGAUUGGCCCUUUAAAUACCGCAGUUAUUGUAAAGCUCUGAACGAAUUCGAUAUUACUAUAGUCCAAAUUUAGUUGACUUUCUCUUAUAAUAAAACAGUAAAAAUAAUAAUAUAAUGUCGGGAUACCUUUUUCACACACGGUCGGUUAGCCCCAUGGUAAGUUAUUUAUUAACUUGUGUUAUGGGUGCUAACACAACUGAUAAACUACAUAUAGCUACAUAUAUACAUAUUUAUAAAUACAUAUCAUAACACCCACGACCACGGCCAACAAGCAUGCUCAUCACACAAAUGUCGACCGAACCGGGAAUCGAACCCGAAAAUCUAUUAUAAAAUUCCUGUUUCACUGUUUUUAUACGCUACACAGAAACUCCAUGGCAAACAUAUUUUUCUUUAUAUUUCUUCGUCUGAUAACGUGUCAGGGUAUUAGUACUGGAUAGGGAAAGUAAGUAGCCAUCGCAUCGACCAGGCUAAGUUUACAUAAUUAUGAAGAUAAAUUGACGGGGUGCGGGUCGAUAGAGGGCUGAUUACUAACUAACCGAGUAUGUAUUCAAAAGAAACUGAUGUAAUGAAAGGUAACGUGAAUGUUUGUAAAUUGGCAAUCACAUUGUGUACAGCUUGGCAAAAAAGAGUGUGGAAUAAAUGAGGUCAGCAGUAUCGCACCUGUGGCAACCCGGAAUACUACGACUCACAGAUUUUGAUAUUUGUUAUUUUUGGAGAUAUUCAAUCCUAAGUAGGCGAUGUCCCUUGGACACUUCAAUGUCCAGUAUUAACGAUGUUAACAAUUUUUAUUUGAUUUUGAUUUUUAGUUCCAACUGUCACCGCGUCAGACUCUUUUUUGCCAAGCUGUAUUUAGGUACACUUUUUUUUGUGACAUAACGAGAGAAAAUUGAAAAAUUGAGGUGUCACUAGAUAGUUCUUGAUUCUUUGAAAGAGACCGGUCAUGUAGGUAUAUACAUAAUAGUUAUGGUGGUUUAUGGGCACAGGCUAUUAUGAGACUAGACCCUUGCGGGGUAUUAUAAAAAGAAGACUUGUCGCGAAAAUUACAAAUAAUGUGAAAAAAUAGUAAAAGGGCGAUCAAAAUAUUCUCAUUAAUGUGAAUGUUACGUGUUUAUACAAAAAUGGACCCGGACUGCAAUUGAUUCCUUAUUAUAUUUGAUUUUAAUUGAAAACUUCUGAGCAAUUUAAUUAAAAGUUAUUGGUAAAAAAUAACGACAAAACGUAUUUCAAAUUGCACAAGUGUUUAGUAGAAAGCAGCUGUGUAAAGAGGAUUGUGUUAGUUUUUACACUGUUCGGAAUAUUGAUAGGGUAGUAGGUACAAAAUACAAAUAUGUAUAAAGUUUUUAGUUUCAUACAUGUUUUCAUAUUAAACUAAUUUUCCUAACUCUUCUGCAAACUGAACAGGAUAUAUUUUUAAAGCACAAGUAAUCACCGCUCUAGUACAUAUAAUCGUUACCGAUGAGGGUUCAAAAAAUGGCUUAAUAUUGUUCUUCAAUUAUUUCCGAAAUGAAAAAUAAUGAAUUAUAAUGUUAAAUUAAUGAAAUCCAGAGGAUUUAUCUAGUAGUAUCUGCAACUCCCACUCCCUAACUUGUAGGUGUUUCCAUUACCUACGGUCAAAUUACAACGGUAGUUGUAACACUGUUGUCAUUUCAUAAACUAGUGAUAAUAUCUGUUGUAUUCACAUUUUGAAAUAUUGUACCCCAUUUGCUUAUGAGAUAAAAACACUAUAGUACUAAUUUAAUCAAAUGUACAGUUCGAGUUUGUGUCACAUGCAUUGUAUACUAUAUUAUGUUUAGAGAUAAGCAUGUUCCAUAGCUCACAGAAAAAAGGGAAAGUUGUAUUAUCAUCUAGUAGAAGUAAUUUUGUCUAUACGUAAUACUUUAAGCUAAUUUCAACUAUCUUUUAAAUGAACGAGAACGACGUUACAUUAAUUAGUAGUAGCUUAUCAACAUGGUUUUGCUAAGAAUGUUGUAUGUUUUUCCAUUUCUCUGCAAUUAAAUAUUGUUCCUAAGUGUCUUUCAUGAAUUCUAUUUUAUCUAUUGUAAAAUAAACUCCAAAGAUAACGAACGUUUUUCAAACGUUUACCACUGUUGUUAAGCGAAGUUAGCGAGGUAGUUAUUUCCAAAUGUAUGUUAUACAUAGACUUACAUAGUUCACCGCCGGUUGUAGCAUUUUUGAUUAAACGGGAGUUAACAAGUGAGUGAUUGAUUGAAUGAAUUACCGUAGUAUCAUCGUCCAAGGCCAAGUUUAUACUACAAACCUGGGUACGUACAUAAUAAGUGUAGGUGUAUUUGUAUUGAAAUAUGACGUGACUCAACUUGAAGUAGCACUCAUUUGAUUGCAGAUAGUUUAUACUAAAGCUUAUGCAUAAAUAUAAAUAGGUCACUAAUGUGUUUGUUUACUAAAGUUUUAGCUAUACAUGGAUGAUUGGGUUUGUGUGAGUACUUUGGGAAUGUAUUUGAUAUUAUUAUUUUUUCUGACUUUUAGAGUACCUUACUAUGUGAGUUUGUAUGCAUAGAUAGAACCCUGCCCUACAAUGAUGCGCCAAAGUUGUUGUCGAUACCGUUGCCAGAAUGGGAUGUUACUGUCUUCGUGGGGAGACCUAUGUCGUUUGGAGCUUGUAGCUCCUCACUUCUAUUAAGUAAAUAAGUAUAUGCCAUAAUGACGCGUCAUCGUAAAUUUCCCGGUCACUUAGCGUUGUAAUUAUUUAGAAUGCACAUAAAUUGAACUCUGUCUGAUUUAUCAUGUAAGUGUACCUACCGGGUUCUUUUUGUAAACUGUGUUUAAAAAGUAAUGUAAGUCUGAAUUUUUACAAGUAUGCAACUGUGUAGACUAAUAAUACAUGUUAGCAGUGUAUUGAAUUUAUCUAAAAAAUCAAUGGCCUCUAACUUAUACACCGUCUAUGAAUAUUAUAAAGUAGAUUGUUGAAUUAAUAUAUAUUUAUUAUGUAUGAGGUUUCAGGGGCACUCUCGUCUGAUUUAUAAAAAUAAUAUUUCUUGUACAGUGGUGUUUAGCUAUGUAGUAUGAUGUAAAUAAAUGUUGUUGUCAAAUUAUAUCUUGCGUAAUAUAGGUUAGUGUUAAUUGACCAUUAAGAGAAAAGUUACAAAAAUGACCGUUUAAACUAGACUCGGCGCUAUGUUUAAUAACUAGUUAAACUCCAUAUUCCAAUGAAAUGCUUUAUUCAGUAACCUUCAGUGAUUGCAAUGUACAUACAUUAUCAGUUUUAAUUAAGUAUUGACUUCCUGUUUGUUACUUUUUUAUUCCCAGAUUAUAAGUUUUAUGUUCACGUAAGGCAGUAGGUAAACUAGAUAGUUUCAGGAGAUAGAUAUCUACCAGAGUAGAAAAUUACCGGAUGUGUCAAUGUGUUAUUGAUUUUCUAUUGUCUGAUUACUGGCAUGCGAGCGAUUAUAUAAUGCAUGAUUUAUUAAAAUUAAUAUUGUAAAAUAGUGAUCGGUGGGAUUGAAGAAUCUUACUAAACUGAACAUUUAGCUUACAUGUCACUGAGUCCAUUUGUAUUGCAAUAUUCAGCAUCAAUGUUAAUAUUGUUGAGGUUGCUUUUGGGGUUGUUUUUGUAAAUAAAUUAUUAUCCUAGGUUAGACUUAAAAUGAAUGGUUAAAGGGUUGUGACACACUAGAUAGAAGGAUUUAUCGGCAAUUUUGAAUAAUGUCAUGAAUGUACUUUGAAACGAAUUAUUCAGACUUACGUAUGUUAAGAAAAAUAUAUAUAUUUGUCUGUGCUUUGAUCUGAAAUUGCAUCCCGAGUAUUGUAGUUGAAUUUAUUGAUUGUAAAUAUAUUUGAUGAUGAAAACGGUAGCUACUGAUAAAUCUGUUGUCUUCAUACGCGCUACAAUUUAUAUUUAAAUUCGAUUGUAGUGAUUAUCACUGUGUGUAUGUAAGUUGAACAAAAUUCUUGUGACGGGGCGCAUUUUACAUUGAAAAUUCUUUACUUGUGUGUAAGAAUAAAUUAAUGUUACAUUGAUAUUAUUUGAUGUAAUAAAAAAAAAAACUAAAUUAA